AUGAAAGGUGCUAAAGUGGAUGCUUUUUUUCAUCCUAAGACAGAAACACAGCUUAUGGAUCAGCAAGUCUUUUUUAAAGAAACGCUACCAAGACUGGAAAGACAUCUACAGAAAGUCCUCAAAGAAAAGAAAGGUAUCAAAUGGAAUUUGAUGUAUCAUUGUACACUCACCAUGCCAGAUAAAUAUCGAACAGAGCCAUUGAAGUAUGAGGGAUAUUUUCGCACACCUAACCCACUCAUUAGCACCUACCCACAACAGCUCAGAGAGCAACUCAAUAUGGCCAUGGAAACCGUAGAAGAGCGAAUGGCAACAUUCAUGCAGGCAGGUUCUGGGUGGAUCCUCUCAAGAAAUCACGCAGUGGUAUUAGAAAUGGUGGAUUACCAACCCUUAGGAGGGAGCUCCUACAUAGAACUCCCGAAAGAUAUGUAUGAUACCAAAGCUAUUGUUAAUGUGAAAAAUCAAGAUCAAGAAUGUUUUAAAUGGUCGGUUUUGGCAGCCCUCCAUCCAACUUUAAAGAAUGCAGAGCGAGUGAGUAAGUACCAUGAGUAUAAAGACGAACUCAUUUUUGAUGGGAUCAACUUUCCUCUCACCAUUGAUCAAAUUCCUAAGUUUGAAAAGCAGAAUCCUGGGAUUAGUGUCACUGUCAUUGGUAUCGAUAAACCAGAGAGAAGCAAAAAGGGAGUUGUCUUACCCUCGAUCAUGCUGCCUCUUAGAGUACCAGAUCAGCAGCUGGAAAAGCAUGUAGUUCUACUCUACUGGGAGCGAGAAGAACAAUACCACUAUGCCUGGGUGAAGAAUCUAAACCGACUUCUCUCUAGAACCAAGUCUCAUCAUAGUCAAACCUAUUUCUGUGAACGCUGUUUUCAGGGCUUUAUCAGUCCUGAUUUAUUAAGGAAACAUAUGGAAAUUUGCCGUCAUAUCCCCAUUCAAGCUGUUCAAGUGGCUGAUGAAGAAAUUUCAUUUAAAAACUGGGCAAAGACCGAAGAAAGUCUCUUCCGUAUUUAUGGGGAUUUUGAAUGCCUUCUCCAAGAAUGUGACGAAGGAGACGUCAAUGACAAGACAGUGAAAGUGCAAAAACACGUCCCCUGCAGCGUAGCAUGGGUCUUAAUCUCCAAUCACCCAGAGGUAGAAUCACGAAGUUUUUUAUAUCGCCCUUCACCGAAUCCAGAGAUGACUUUAGAAGAGUCAAGUCAACUAGUGGUAGAUCAACUGAUGGAAAGUCUCCAGCAGAUUGAAAAAGAAGUACUCCCGUAUCAGCUGGAAGUCAAACCCAUGGUAAUGACGGAAGAGCAAGAAGCAGAAUUCCAAGCUGCUACCCAUUGUUACAUGUGUGAAGAGCUCUUCUAUGAGAAAGAAGAAAAUUGGUGUAAAGUACGUGAUCACAAUCACGCUACAGGAGAGUACCGCGGAGCGGCGCAUUUUUCAUGUAAUCUGAACAAGCGGCGUACAACACACAUUCCUGUGUUCUUUCAUAAUUUACGCGGCUAUGAUUCCCACCUCAUUAUGCAGGGAAUCCAUCGCUGUGCUGGGAAGAAAUCUAUCAGAGUCAUCCCCAACAAUAUGGAAAAGUACGUUUCCUUUCAGCUAGGAAACUUGAGGUUUUUGGAUUCUCUUCAAUUCUUAGGUCCAGGAGCCAGUUUAGAUGUACUGGCUGCAAAUCUAACAGAAUUUCCACACCUCAAAGAACAAUUCGAGAAAGUCUGGUCCCUUGGCGAUCUCAAUGAUGUGAAUUUACUCUGUCAAAAAGGUGUCUACCCUUAUUCACACAUCAAGAAUUUUGAAGUCUUUGAAGAAACCAGAUUACCCCCAAAAGAAGCUUUCAAGAAUGACCUCACUGGAGAAGACAUCUCUGAUGAAAAGUAUGAGUUUGCACAAAGAGUUUGGACAACUAUGGGCUGUCAAUCGAUGGGGGAAUACCAUGACCUCUACCUGUAUCAAGACAUCUUCCUGCUAGCGGAUAUCUUCGAGCAGUUUCGUCAGGUAUGUCUCAAGAAUUACCAAUUGGAUCCAGCGCACUAUUACACUGUGCCAGGGUUUUCAUGGGAUGCAGCUUUGAAGUUCACCAAAGUCAAGCUGGAAACCCUACAUGAUAUUGAAAUGCAUCAAUUCUUAGAGCGAGGGAUGCGAGGUGGUAUUUCUAUGAUUAGUCAUCGAUAUGCUCAAGCGAACAACAAGUACCUACAAGAGUAUGAUCCAGAAAAACCAACUAGCUUCAUUACCUAUCAAGACUCGAACAACCUUUAUGGAGAAGCUAUGACACAAUCUCUUCCUGUGAGUGAUUUUAAGUGGGUUGAGGAGAAAGAUGUAAAAAGCUUUAAUGUGAUUACUGUUCAGGAUGACGCUGACACUGGUUACUUUUUAGAAGUCGAUUUGGAAUACCCAAAAGAGCUUCAUGAUUUACACUCAGAUUACCCACUGGCUCCAGAAAAAAUGUUGAUUUCUCAUGAGAUGUUAUCUCCUUACCAGCAGCAAUUGAAAGAAGAUCUGGGGUAUAAGCCAGCAAGAGUUGAAAAACUUGUCCCCAAUCUCUGGAAUAAAGAAAAGUAUAUCAUCCAUUAUCGUUAUCUCAAGUUCUAUCUCGCGCAAGGUCUCAAAUUGCAGAAGAUCCAUCGUGUGCUCCAGUUUAAACAGGAAGCCUGGCUUAAGUCCUACAUUCAACACAACACUCAACUCAGAGCAGCAGCUAAGAAUGACUUCGAGAAAGAUUUUUUUAAACUUUUAAACAACAGCGUAUUCGGAAAAACAAUGGAAGACGUGAGAAGGAGAAUUAACAUUAAAUUAAUCACAGAACCAGCAAUGUUUAAGAAACAUACAGCAAAAGUCACCUACAAAAGAAGUGUUGUCUUCGUGAAUGAUGAGGAGAAAGAAGAGUACUUUGUUGGAUUGGAAGCAAAACGUACCUCUAUCAAAUUGGAUAAACCCAUUUACACAGGCUUUACUGUGUUGGAGUUGUCCAAACUCCAUAUGUAUGAUUUCCACUACAACCAUAUGAUGGAGAAAUAUGGUCCUGAGAGAGCCAAACUGUUGUUUACCGACACAGAUAGCUUAACAUAUCACAUCACCGCAGAAGAUCUAUAUCAAGACAUGAAAGAAGACCAGCACUUAUAUGACACAAGCAAUUACUCUAAAGAUCAUUUUCUGUUCAGUGAAGUCAACAAGAAAGUCAUCGGAAAAUUUAAAGAUGAGACGGGUGGGCUCCCUAUUGUUGAGUGGAUUGGAUUAAGAGCGAAAAUGUAUUCUAUGAUGACCGAUGAUGGAAAAGAGAAGAAAACAGGGAAAGGGAUCAAGAAAUCUGUCUUAAAAAAAGAAAUAAGACAUCAAGAUUUUAAAGAUUGCCUAAUGGAGAAA